AUGGAUGAAACACUAGAGAUUCUUGCGGCAGCUAAGAAAGCUGCCGAUUCUGCAAACAUCAAGGGUAUUCUUCUGGGUUCAUCCGAGAUAUCCAGAUGCGUUGAUUGUCUGAAGCGGCUUGAAACUUGCCCCUUCAACACUGAACUUAUCAAUACACAUAAUAUCUACAAGAAGCUGCAAAAUCUUUGUAAGCAUAAGAGUCGAAAGAUUUGCUCUGCAGCUUCUCGGCUUAUCGAUGUGUGGAAGCAGAGGGAAACUGAAAUCUCAAAAUGUUCAACGCGGUCCAGUACUAUUCGCAUCAAGUUGCAGCCAACGGCUCCUGUUCAACCUUCUUCUGACAAUGUUUCAGCGUUGCCCCCUCCUCAACCUUCAUCUCUGAAGAUGGAAGAGUCCGCUAAUGCUUCGAACAAAGGACUUACCAUUAACCUCAAGAUGCCAUUGCAAAGUAAUCCUCAACCCUCCACUCAGAAUGUGAAAGAUACAUCAAGAAACAAAGUGAGAGGCAUGCUUGAAGAAGCCUUCUCAAAGGUAGCAUCUGAAUCCAGAGAAAAGAUUGGAGAAAAUGUGUGUCUAAGGGAUCAUGUUGAGGUUGCUGCACUGGUUGAGUCUGAGAUGUUUAGCCAGAUGGGUCCUUGUGUUGGUAGUCAAAAGAGGAAGUACAGGUCAAUUCUGUUCAACCUGAGGGAUGCAAAGAAUCCAGACUUAAGGAGAAAAGUUCUCUGUGGAGAUAUCAAGCCUGAUGAAUUGAUCAACAUGAAAAGUGAAGAAUUGGCAAGCAAUCAAGUCAAGUUUGAGAUCAGUGAGAUAAGAAAGAGGGCUGGACUUAAGGAAUAG